UCAAAAUGAGAAAAAUGUGUUGCAGUCCAGAUGAAAAUUGAAAAUGGAGGGAAGAUAAACCCUAACAAUCCGGCAAACUCAAAAUCGUGCUCCACCACUCCAUGCAACUUCCACAAAAUCAAAAUCCACACACACAUUAAACCUUCCUUCUCUAUACGUUCCACACUCCAAUAGAACAAAAACAAAAAACCAUUUUUUGUGAGUUUCUACUCCAUGGCGAGGUUACUUCGAAACGCCAACACUUUUCUCUUCAACCGCUCUCUCUUCAACCACGGUCUUCCGACGCGCUCUUGUUUCAAACAUGGAGUAGUGGGCACAUCUCAAAAUUUGAGCUUUUCAACUAGUAAAGGUAAGAAGCGCUCUAAAUCAGAUGGGAGUGACUCAAAUGACGAGAGCAUGUCUAAGAAAGAUUUGGCAUUACAACAAGCCAUGGAUCAGAUCACAUCUACAUUUGGAAAGGGAUCUAUCAUGUGGCUUGGUCGUUCUGUCUCACCUAAAAAUGUACCUGUGGUGUCAACGGGUUCUUUUGCUCUUGAUAUAGCGCUAGGAAUAUAUGGUCUUCCAAAGGGACGUGUUGUGGAAAUAUUCGGUCCAGAGGCUUCUGGGAAAACAACUCUUGCUUUGCAUGUGAUUGCAGAGGCACAAAAACAAGGAGGCUAUUGUGCCUUUAUUGAUGCUGAGCACGCACUUGAUAAGUCACUUGCCGAAUCUAUUGGCGUAAAUACCGAGAACUUGCUACUCUCACAGCCAGAUUGUGGUGAGCAGGCACUUAGCCUUGUGGAUACCUUAAUUCGGAGUGGUUCGCUUGAUGUAAUUGUCGUCGAUAGCGUAAGUGUGGCUGCUCUUGUUCCUAAAGGCGAGCUUGACGGUGAGAUGGGUGAUGCUCACAUGGCAAUGCAAGCUAGGCUGAUGAGUCAGGCUCUUCGGAAACUGUGCCACUCCUUAUCACUUUCACAGUGUAUAUUGAUUUUUAUAAACCAGGUAAGGUCAAAGAUUUCUACGUUUGGGGGUUUCGCCGGGCCUACUGAAGUUACUUGUGGUGGUAAUGCAUUGAAGUUCUAUGCGUCCGUGAGGCUAAAUAUCAAAAGAGUAGGGUUUAUCAAGAAGGGCGAAGAGACUUUAGGAAGCCAGAUUCUUGUCAAAGUUGUGAAGAACAAACACGCCCCUCCGUUUAAAACUGCACAGUUUGAGCUUGAGUUUGGCAAGGGGAUAUGCAAAGAAGCAGAGGUGAUAGAGUUGAGCAUAAAACACAAACUCAUAAAAAAGAGCGGUUCGUUUUACGAAUAUAAUGGCAAGAAUUUCCAUGGCAAGGAAGCUCUAAAAAAUCACCUGAUCAGCAGUGACGGUGUGCAAGUAUUAACAACAAAGCUGAGGGAAAAACUUCUCAAUGCUGACACGGAAGCAGUUUCAGAUUCGGAGUUGAUAGUUGGAGACGUCCCGGAAGAACUUUUAUCAUCCGAUUCUACCGAUGAAGAAGCCACUGUUGUGGCAGAAGUUUGAAUUUAUGCUUAACCUUAAAGUUUUCUUCACACUCCCAAGAGCGUGACUCACAAUUAAUGCACUCAAAUGAAGGUGGAUCUAAAAUGCAACUGGUGCUUCCUAUGCUUGUUUGGAUUUUGAAUCAACAGCAUUCCUUACAUUCAUGUGGCACAUUGCCUUUGUAAAUUAGAUGUUUUUUUUGGUAAUUUUUAUGAUGGACAUGAGUCAUGUGGCAUUUCAAAGUUUUGUGGAUGAGGAGGAAUCAAGUUUUGUGACUAUCUAGUUAGAAAUUAAAUGUCAAUGCUAGGUCAAGAGUUAUUUAUAAGGAUAACUAAUCUACAAGCUGAAUUAUAGUGUUGGUGCAUAUAUGUUUCGCAGUGUCUUUUUGAUUGAACUAGGCAUGAAAACAAAAUCUAUAAUUGUGAAAUUGACGGAGAAAAUCUAUUUUGAUUGAGUU